AUGAAAUUGUUCACAUCAAUUACAGCCAUCAUUGCUGCAACAGCAGCAACCCAAGUCUACCAACCGGAGCAAUACAACAGCGAUGUCUACCAAUCGCAGCCCGCAUUGGAGCACGGCGUCUACACUGACCAAUCACAGCUGAACCACAUAUACCAGAGGCCAGCUGGAGAGAAAAUAGCGAGGAUUAUCAACUAUCACUCGGAAAAUAACGGCCAUAAUUAUCAUUAUGCGUAUGAAACUGAAAAUGGUAUUAAAGCUCAAGAGGUCGGCCAAGUUACAAAAGGAACUCAGGCGGAAGGCGCGUUCUCCUACACUGGAGACGAUGGACUGACAUACACGGUGACGUACACCGCUGAUGAAAAUGGGUUCCGACCGCAGGGAGCCCAUCUGCCUACUCCACCACCCAUUCCCGAAGCUAUCCUGAAGUCUUUGGAGCAGAAUGCUAAGGACGAAGCCAAUGGCAUUGUUGAUGAUGGUCAUUACCGUGAAGAGCAUUCAAACAACCUAGGACACGGCAACCAGGGAUAUUACGACGGUUACCAACAAGAGUAUGCGCAAGCGCAGGUAAACGAAGGCUACCAUUGA